GGAGGAUAAAAUACAAGGAAUUAAAGGGAUGAUACAAUAAAGGCAAAGAAGAGGAGCAUCAAAAAGAGGUCACAGGAGAGUACACUGAACACAAAAAAGAAAAUUCUCCGGAGAUGGGGUCAGGUGGAAACAUGUGCAGAUCACUAUUAGUUUUCUUCGUCCUGUGUCUUCCGGGUGUCUUCAUGGAACAGACCCGUCUUCUAGAACAGAGGAAGCCUUUCUUUGAACGUUUUAGACGGUUGGAGGAGCAGUUUCGUCGCUUUCAGGAAGUCACCUUGACCCGUCUACAAGGAAUCGCUGAAAACUACAACGUCUCCUACAACAUUGACGCCCGCUUCCAUCAUAUUCACAACCAGCAGCAAUCACUGGCCGAAAACUUCAACGUCACCAACGAGGUGACGCAGGCCGAGCUAAAUGGCAUCAAAUUCUGGCUGAAAAAGAUUCAGAAGAAAACCAAAAAGUUGGACUUGAAGUUCUCCACCCUGGAACAGGCCGUGGCAGAGAGAAACAAGCAGCUAACCAAAGAGAACAAAGUUCGAGACGUGACUGUGGCCAACCUGACAUCGGCCCUCAGCGGCCAGAAGAGGAUCAUCUACCAGCUGGUGAAGGACAAGAGCGCGUUACAGAAGGGGAUGGAGAUGCUCCGCGAGUCUGUGGAAAGACAAGGAGGCAAAAUAGUGGAUUUGGAGAUGCAGUUGCAGAAUAUGCACCAAAAUGAGAUCAUGCCACCAAGUGCUUUGAUGGCACCACAAGUGAUGAACCGAACCCCUGAAACCAGACAAGAAGUUCCAUCACAUACCGACUCUGGACCUAAAACUUCCCAACAACGCAUGGUAAAGCUCCAGGGCAAACAUAAUCAGAUGAAAAAGUUGCAAGAAGACCUGAUGACCACCAUUGGUAAGAUGUCUCCCAUGGCAGCUCAACAUAGAGAGGAGACCAGGACGCUCGGUCCAACCAAGGAAAAGACAACUCGUCUCCAAACUACAAGGGCACCAUCAAGUGUGACACUGGUUCCACAUCAGAACCACAAAACUACCCAGUAUGAAGACCAGGUGACGGAUGACCACAUCGCUAGUAAUGUCAUCCAGAUUUUAGCCUUAAGAGGAAAUGUGACCAAGGAUGACAGCCCUCCUGGAGGGAUCAAAGCUCCAUAUGUACACAGUACAAGGAGGCCAUUACAAGUCACCGAGGCCCCAGAACCAGAAGAGAAGACCACCAAGGUCCCAGCAACACUCUGCAACGUGGAUUCUAUGCUCAUUUUCCCCAAUUCUUCCACGGAGAACUUCGCAACAUUCGGUAAGGGAUUGAGGGAACCCUUGCAUGAACUCUCCAUCUGCAGCUGGGUGAAGACUAAUGUAAGCUACGUAGGCACCAUCCUUUCAUAUGCAACAGAAGAGAACGACAACAAGCUGGUUCUUCAUGGCAGACAUGGUGCCACCUAUGACUCACUUCACUUUGUCAUUGGAGACCCGGCUUUCCGAGAACUCCCGCUUGUCCCGCUGGCAGAUGGCAGUUGGCACCACACCUGCUUCAUCUGGUCCUCCAUCCAAGGCAAAUACUGGUUCUAUGUUGACCGCAGGUUAAUUGUUAUUGGCUCCAAAUUUCAGAAAGGUUAUGAGAUCCCUCCUGGAGGAUCUUUAGUUCUUGGCCAAGAACAGGACACCUUGGGUGGUGGCUUUGACAGCUCGGAAGCUUUUGUUGGACAAUUGGCAGGAUUUGCAAUGUGGAAUAGAGCUUUAACACCUGGAGAAGUCUCUGGUAUUGCCACUGGUAAAGGCUUGCCAAGAGGUACCAUCUUAACCAUCGCUGAUGCCUCCUCGCUUCAUGGUUCAGUGGAGCGGGUGGACUGUACCUGUCUGGAGCACUGUCUGUAGAUUUCCAUAAUGCUGUGUUAAUAGAGGAUUGCCUCCAUAUUGGACAAUUAUUUAUGGGACCGCUAUGGGCAUGUUACACCAUCUAUGUAAACCCACCAUUAGUGACCAAUAAUCAAAAAUAUAUUAGUAUAUUUAGCCAGUCAAAAUGAGUGUCAGACUGGCCCAAAAGAAGAUCCUCGAUGACUGGCCACCACAUGGCCCAUGAGGUCCUCAAAUGACUCUAGGACCCAUUAACUA